AUAUGGAACCUGACAAACCGGUUUCCUGGUAGAACAGCAGACAGGGGAAGGGUGGAGAUGAAGGGUGGGAGGUCUUUUGGAGGAAAACACACCAUCUCAGUGAAACCUGCACAAAAAAAAUUGUUAAAGAAGUCAAUGUGCAUCCCAAUACCAUCAUCCAUGUUCCUUGAGUUGUACAGAGGAAUGAUAUACAACUGACAUAUUAGAAUGCAUGAAUUAGCUACUAUUAGCUACUAUUAGCUACUAUCACUAUUAGCUACUAUUUAGCUAAUUAGCUACUAUUAUUGUUUGUAGAAGUAACUUAAAUGUACUUAAAUGUGGUCAAACAUUUCAAUCCUGAAAACAUGUUCUAAUAAAUCAAUAAAACAUGUUUGUUUUGUUUUCAACAGAGUAAUUUUAGUGUGAUACUGUAUUGACUUUACUGCAUUUUUUCCAACUUCCCUGUCCUUCGACCACCAAUAUUAGCAUCUUUAUCAUCACAUCACCUUUAUCAUAACAAAGCAUAAUAGUCGGUAACCGUCACAACAACGGUAAACGAUAUCUUAGCCUAUCCUUCACUGAAGCUAAUCAACCCCCUGAGCAAACUUUUGACAUGUUCUUUCUCGAUAAGCAAACACAACAUCGCCACUCCUUCUCUUCACUGGUAAGCCCCGAUUCAGGACCAGCGUACACGCCCCUCGUGCGUGUCCUCCGGCGCUCGUGGCGCAACCGAAACAGAUCCGAGAUCAGAACUCUUGUUUGGCUUCUCCGUUGUAAAAAGCCUUGCCAACCUGUGGAGCAUUUCAGUGGAGAAGGGUGUUAACGCACCGAGCGGUCGACCGGGCUCACUUUAUUUGACAUUAUCUUCGUUUUAGGACUUCAGCUCGUCAAGGGCAGAACAACAACAAGUGAGAAGAUGUCAAAAUCCUGUGCUUUGGUGGUGAUGAUGACAAUCGUCUCACUGGUGUUGGCUGAAGAGAAUUCUGAAGAUGACCCAUUUACCUUUGACUACCACAGACUCCGUGUUGGAGGUCUGAUUUUAGCAGCUGUCCUUUGUCUCAUUGGCAUUACCAUCCUUCUCAGUGGCCACUGCAGGUGCAAGUUCAAGCAGGACAAACGGAGGAGAGCAGGAAGCAACACUCAGGCUAUGCUGGCUGAGCAAGCUCGUGGCUGUGAUUGCUAGAAGAUGACAAGAAAAACAAUGACUCCCAGAAGUCAGAUCCUGAGGAAGCUGCAGCGUUCGAGACCCAUGCAGAGGCUUUUUCAUUGUUCCAGGAAGCAACAGGAGGUUAUAAAAGAUGUGGGCCUGUUGUGAUUUAUUUGUGCCUGACAACUGCUCUGCAGCCCGCUGUUCUAUAUACUCUCUCACACACACACACACACACACACACGGACAUGAACACGCUUAUAGACACACAAACCUAGCACCAAAAAUGUUCUUCAUGUAGGUUGUGUCAAAUGUAUCACAGUGCUAUUUGUAGCUGUACUGUAUCUGUGUGUGUAAGGUUGUUGAGCUCGCCUGUAGAUGUUAAUUACUGCAAACAGCCUAACACGUUAUGCAUAUAUUCAUGUCAAAUACAGCGAAUAGAAGUGAAUAGUCGUGUUAAUAAUUUAUGGUGAUCAUCUUUUUAGUUUUGUUGAACAUUACGGUGAACGGCAGUGCAAAAACACAGAAUCUGUCAUGUUUAGGUUAUUAAAUAAUCUUUGAAAUCACAAUGAAAACGUGUUACAUUCUUGUGUUCUUCUUUUGCAUAACCAGGACCAUAUGUUGUAUGUUGUGUGUGAUAUGUAUGUCAAAUAUCUGAUCUACAGACAUAAACACACCAACAUGCAGUGGUAGAUGUUCAUUAAAGGCUUUACUGCAUAACAUGA